CAGACGAAGACAAAAUAGGUAAGGUACCUAUAAUAAUAAUAAUAAUAAAAUACAUUAUACAUUUUUCUUUCACUUUUAAAAUUCUAACACAUUUUGUAUGGAACACUAUCAAAGUGUUUGUUCUAUGUAUUAGUACGUAAUUAUUGUUUUGUUUUUAUUUUUCAUAGUUAGUGAUCGGUGCAAUGGAUUUGUCUGGAUUUUGUCGGUUCUGUUUGACAGACGACGAUGCAAAAACCGUAAUUAUAGAAGAUCCCGACGGUCUAGUAGAGAAAAUAAAUAUAUGUUUACCAAACAAAGUAAGUCGUAUAUUACGUAUGUAUGUAUGACAAAUGAACUAUGAACUGUGCGUAAUUAAUACCUAUUUCUGUCUUAUUUAGUUUUCAGAAGGAGAUCAAUUUCCGAAAUUGAUAUGUAAUAGUUGCCAUAGAAAACUUUUGGAAACUUACAAUUUUUUUAUGUGCAUCCAAGAAACUGAAAAUCAUUUUCGUGGCAUCUUAGAUCUGAUGGUAAUAAUUUUUAAUAAAUACAAUUACAUGGUAUUAUAUACCCACUUAAUUUUAAUUUUAUAAUUUAAGUAUUAAUUUUCGAGCAUAUAUAUUUUAUAUGCCUUGCUACAAAUCUUGUAAGCAAAAGGCAGAAUUGAAUAUUUAAAUUAAUCAUUCUUUUAAAGUUUUCUUAACAAUAAUUUCUAAGCAUAUUAUUAUCACUACUAUUAAUAAUUUUUUUUUUUCAAAAAUAAAUUCUUUUCUAAUAGCUUAUUUAUUAUUAUAUUAAUAUUAAUAUAAUUGAUAUUACACAAUGAUGCAAUAAUAUAUUUUUAUUUUGGUAAAGGUUUCUUAUUAGAAAAAAUUAUAUUUAAAGUGGGUUAAUGGUGUGUAGGUUCUCUGAGUAUUGACCUUUUCGGUAAACUCAGCUUUUCUUGGAAGCGUUUUUCAAACACUACUUAUAAUAAAUGCAUUAUAAAUUUAGGACUCGUAUCCGUAUACCAUGAAAAUAAUUGUAUUAUGCAUUUAUUUUCUUAAUAUUUAUAUACAUUUACUUCAUAAAGAAUAAUACAAUAUGGAAUGCAAUGACUGGAUAUCAUAUGAGAAACUUUAUCAGUUGCAUAAAUAUGUUGUUCUAUUUAUGUAUAAUCAGUAUAAUGACACAAUUAUUGGCGAUACACCUGUGCUAUGUUUAUUAUAGGCAAACAAAAUAAAGAUAAUUAAAUUCCCGAAAUUUACCAUGACUAUGGAACUUUUAUACAAUAUAAUAUGUUUAUUACUUAUAAUAUUAUAUACACCAACCAUAAAAUGUUCACUUUACACUAAAUGUUUCAAAUUCUACUGUUAUCUAUUAAAAAAUUUUAAAAUGCAAAUUUUUUGAACCCCAGUCUCUAUUUUAAUUUUUUUUUUUUUUUAGAUUCGGAGCAUAGCAAGGGAUCUAUUGGUUUUACUAUUGUUUUUUUUAACACAGGCCAUUUUUAGAAAAUUCAUUAUUUUAACCCAAAAAUUGAAAAAAAAAAAUUAAUGGCAUUUUAGCAAGCUUUAAGAUUUCAAUUUUAUCUACAAUUUUUUUUUUUAAUGAAAUGUUAAAGCAUUGAUAGUUACAAUAUUUAAAAAAAAAAAAUGUUAACUGUGUCACUGUCUUAUACAAAGAUUUUUUUUUGCAAUGUUUGUUUGCUUUAUAACGUUUUAAACUUGUUAGUACCUUAUUGAGUUUACUUAUUUAAAUAUCUUGGGGUGUUAAUAUAUUUCCAUUUCGUCUUUUUAAAUAGGUAAUUACUUAUUUGUAUGUUUAAGGCUUAAAGUUAAAAGAUGUAAUGCAGCGUUGUGGAAGAUGAUAUAUGUUCUGCAAUAUUAGUGGGAUUCAUUGCUCACUGAUUAUUAAAAAUGUAUAACUUGUGCACAUAUUUUUAUUUUCAGAGUCAGCCACCAAGUAGUGAUUGUGAUAAUAUAGAGCCUCCUACUACCAGAAGGUAGAUAAGUUACUAUUAUUAAAGGGUUGGACUCAAUGGCGGUCAAAUAAUUUAUCAUGCGGGAAGAAGUCAUGGGGGGGUGAUAAGGAUAGUUUUCAAGAACUAUUAUUAUCUACACAAUCUGUUUUUAUAUCUAAAGAAAUAUAAUAUAAUAUACAGGGUUAUUUCUUAAGUAUACUGACACAGCACACCUCAUUUAUAUAGUUAUAAAUUAUGCAUGCAUUCAAAUUCUGUUUUUAGAAUUUUUUAAUUGAACAAUGAUAUUUUUGCACACAUUUUUCACGACGUUAAAUGUUGUAGAUUUAUUUUAAGGAGAAUCCUGUGAUGAUAACAACAUUAGUGUUUCAAAUGAACACCUACAUGUUUUAAUGCAAAUCAUCUAAAUCAAUGAUUUUUUUUUUUUCAAAAUUUUGACAUUGUAUAAAAAUGUUUCAAAGUUAUUCUGAUUUAAAUACUAAGGAUAACAUUGUUUUACAUGGAUUGGAUACCAAUUGUGUAUAAAUAAUUUCUUGUUUUGAAUUGUGCAGUUAUUAUUCUUGAGUAUUUUAAAGUAGAAUAACUCUGACAUUAACUGUUUGAAUUUCGAUUAAAAUACGUCAACAUUUUUAGAUAAAUCACCUGAUAGACAAUUUAUAUUAAAACUUGUAGAUUCUCAUUAGAAAAACCAAACUUGGUAUUGUCACAGGAUACUCCUUAACUAUUGUAAAAAACUACAUGUUUGAAAAUAUUGUCUUUCACUACGCUUAAAAAUUCCAAAUAUCAGGAUUUCAAUUUAUGCAUAAUUUAACUAUAAAAAUAGAAUGAGCACUAAGUAUGAUUAAAAAAAAUCACUCUGUAUAAUUAUUCUAAAUAUUCAAGAAAAAUAACUUAAUGGAAGCGAUACGCCCCCCCCCCUGUUUGACCGUCCCUGGUUGGACUUUUGACCACUCAAAUUCUUUUUAGUCAAUUUGCCAGUCUAUUGUGAUCAAUUAACACUACAUUUUUUUAUUUUUUUUUUAUUUUUUUACUUAAAUAAUUUAUAUUCCUGAAAUCUAAAGUGCAUUUUAUUAUUUUUAAUUUUUAUUAGAACUUUCCAGAGAUAGGAAGUAUUGAAGAUUAAACUGAUUUCAAAUUUUGUGAAAAUUCUAAAUUUUACUAUUCUUUAACUAUACGAAUCAGAAAGUACUAGCAUUAAUAGUACUAAUACUAAUAGUUUACUGUAUUUAAUAAAGUAACAGUGCAGCCAAUGUCAUGACAGUAAAAUAGUUCCAAUUAUUUGUGGUUCAUUGAACUUAUUUUGACAAAUCAAAAUCUUUCCAAGUGCCAGCCCUUUUUUUAUAUUUAAACAUUUCACUAUUCAAAAUUCUAAUUAAUAUUUUUUUUUACUUAGUAAAAGAAAGUCUGGACCUUGUAAACGGUUACCUGUCGUUAAAACUCAAAAGAAAAAUGCUCAUGCCGAGGUAGCUAAAAAAACUGAUGGCAAUAUUGAAACUGUAAACGAUUCAAAUGAUAAUUCAACAGAAGAAUCACAAGAUAAAACUGUGCAUACAUGCGAAAUAUGUGAUCGGACAUUUCAAAAUCUUUUGGCGUUCAACACUCAUGUUCUAAACCAUAAUAACGAACCUCCUACUAUUUCAUGUGAGUCGUGUGGUUAUACCACACAGCAUCGAUCUUCCAUGUAUCGUCAUCAAAAACGCCAUUUGAAACAAUCUAAGUACACUUGUCCUGAGUGUAAUAAAAACUUUAUUACGGAAACUUUACUCGAGGAACAUAAGAAUAAACACACUGGUGAUAAACCGUUUAAAUGUGAUUCGUGUACAAAAUCGUUUUCACUGUCUCGAUACUUGGCAACUCACAUGCGUCUUAUUCACGGUGACACAGUGUCGUAUGUGUGUACCCAAUGUGGUCGUAAGUUUGAUGAUCGCAGCUCACUGGCUCUGCACCGCCGAACACAUAAGAGAGCAAUGUCUUGUUUGUGCGAUAUAUGCGGAAAAGAAUUGUCCAGCAGAGAACAUUUAAAAUUACAUAAACGUUUGCAUACUGGAGAGAAACCCAACGUGUGCAGUUUUUGUGGCAAAGGUUUUGCUAAACAGUGUACGUUGGUUUUGCACUUGAGGACUCAUACUGGCGAAAAACCAUAUCAAUGUGACCAGUGUGGUAAAACUUUUUCACAGCGGUCUUCUUAUGUUAUUCAUUAUAGAAAACAUACCGGUGCUAGACCAUAUGUUUGUGCUUGUGGUAAUGGUUUUGUUUGCAGAGCUAUGUUAACUGCACAUGAAAAGACGUGCGCCUUUGUUUUUCCUAUCAAUAUGUAUCAAACUAUGUAUUGAGUAAAUUGUUAUUUUUCUUUAUUCAAUUUAUUAUUAUUAUUCUCGGAAAAUGUUAUUGUUAUGUAUAUAAUUUUAUUUACCCAUAUAUGCAAUAUUAUGUGUGCCCAUACCAAGUGUUUUCUUUAUGUUCUUCAUUGUUAUACAAUUUUUUUUUAAUAUUUUAGUCUGUCAUACUUUACAUUAAAUCAGUGUUUCCCAACCAGUAAUUUGUAGUCUUCUCAUAUUCUAAUAUUUGAGAAAAAGGCAGUUCUAAAUUUGGUUUAUUAGCAAAAGGAAAAAAAAAAAGGUCUCCCUAAAAUUGAGGUGGUCCAUAGUAUCUAAAAGUUCUGGAAACACUGCAUUAAAUGAAAUGAUGGCUCAUAUAUUUAUAAUUCUUUGCAUAGUUUAUCACUUAUAAUUCUCAUAUAGUUAAACAAAUAAAAUAUUUAAUAUCUAUUAAUAUUGUUAAAAAGUCAUUAUUUUAGACAAUUUUCAAAAAAUAAUUAAAUAUGUAAUAUAUUAAUUUUGAGGGAAUUGGAAUUGUUUUCUAUAAUAUAAUAUUAUUAAUAUUUAAUUACAAUUUUAAAUUAUAUAGUCAUGAAUGAUAUGUAUAACUUGAUUACCAAU